UUACAAUCGUCACCUUCAAACCCCGGAAUCAACUGAGAGAGCGUUUAAUAGCUCAUACUGUAAUUGACUGUCAGUUCAUCCUCUGAAAGUUCGUGGAGUCGUUUGUUGUUGUUUCUGAUACAAAAUGGGAGCCUGUAUGGCUUUGUGUUCUCUCGCGAGCUGUGCCUCGUGUUUGUGUGGCUCCGCUCCAUGUCUGCUCUGUGGCUGUUGUCCUUCUUCCAAUAACUCCACCGUCACUCGGCUGCUCUUCUCUUUCUUCCUUCUGCUGGGGACACUGGUGUCCGUAAUCAUGAUCUUGCCUGGCAUGGAGACGCAGCUCCGCAAGAUUCCUGGCUUUUGUCAAGGAGGAACCACAAUACCAGGGAUCGAGAACCAUGUCAACUGUGAUGUGAUUGUAGGCUACAAAUCAGUGUACCGCAUGUGCUUUGCUAUGGCAUGCUUCUUUUUCCUUUUUUCUGCAAUCAUGAUUCGUGUAAAGAGCAGUAAAGACCCUCGUGCUGCUAUUCAGAAUGGGUUCUGGUUCUUCAAGUUUCUGAUACUUGUUGGCAUCACUGUCGGAGCCUUUUUCAUUCCGGAUGGAACAUUUCAUGAUGUUUGGUUCUACUUUGGUAUUGUGGGCUCCUUCAUGUUCAUCCUGAUCCAGCUCAUCCUCCUGAUUGACUUUGCUCAUUCCUGGAAUGAGGUGUGGGUGAGGAAUGCUGAGGAAGGCAACAGCAAGUGUUGGUUCUCAGGUUUGCUGUUCUUCACUAUCCUGCAUUACGCCCUGGCUUUUGCUGCAAUCGUGCUGUUUUAUCUCUACUAUACCAAACCCGACAACUGCGCCGAACACAAGUUCUUUAUCAGCUUCAACCUUAUUCUCUGCGUCAUCAUAUCUGUGGUUUCCAUUCUGCCUAAAGUGCAGGAUGCCUCGCCUCAGUCUGGUCUGCUUCAGUCCUCUAUUAUUACUAUGUACACUAUGUACGUCACCUGGUCCGCCAUGACCAACAAUCCUAAUCGUGAAUGUAACCCUAGUUUGCUCAGCCUGGUGUCCAAUAUCAGCACAACUGAAGCCAUGCCCACAAGCUCCCCUGGGAUGGUGCAGUGGUGGGAUGCUCAAGGCAUUGUGGGACUGGUUAUCUUCCUCUUCUGCACCUUUUAUGCCAGCAUCCGUUCAUCCAGUAACGCUCAGGUGAACAGGCUGAUGCAGACGGAGGAGGGGAAGGGCACUGUGGGAGGAGAGGAGGUGGGGGAAGACGGACUGCGACGUGUCGUGGAUAAUGAAGAGGAUGGCGUCACGUACAAUUAUUCCUUUUUCCACUUCCACCUCUUACUGGCCUCUCUCUACAUUAUGAUGACACUCACUAACUGGUACAAACCUGAUACAACCACUCAGGCCAUGCAAAGCACUAUGCCUGCAGUGUGGGUGAAGAUCAGCUCCAGCUGGCUGGGUCUGGGGCUCUACCUGUGGACGCUUGUGGCUCCUGUUAUUUUCCCCAAUCGAGACUUCAACUGAGCUUGAGUGGGUGAGAUGCUCUCUCACCUAUUCAAACUGCUCAUGUUUGUGUUGUGUUAGAAAUAUUGCAAAUCUUAAAAAAAAUAUCUCCAAAAACCAUUAAAUCACCAAGACUUAAAGCAAUUCAAAUCUGAAACAGAUGAUUGGUGACUAGUCUCAUAGGGCUGGUAGGUACUUAGUCAUUUAAAAAAAAUGCAUGGACAACAACAAAAGUAUAUGAUGCCAUGACAAGUAUUUAAAAACGCAAAAAUGACACCAAAGUCUGUUUCAGUUAUUCAGUAAAUUGACAUGUGAGGAUUACUGCUGUGCUGAAAGUUGCCAUUCACCGCUAGAUUUUCUUGUCUUCUUAGUAUUGACACAUAUUUUUGAAAAGUAAUAUAGCUGCUCAAAAAUGUCAGUUUGAAGUAAUGCUCGAGUGAACAGCGUAUUCAGUUUUCCUUUGAUUCCUCCAUCCUUUUAUCUCAUAUUCGCGUCCUAAAGAUCUUAAGAGAAAGGAGCUAUACUGCAAGUAAAGGUAAAGUGAAUGGACAAUUAAUGAAAUGAGAAGCACCUUUUUGCUUAAUGAAUGAUUCGCUGCUGUCUCCCUUCAUGCACUGUUCAAAUGUUUGGCGUCUGUAAGAUUUUUAAAAUGUUUUUGAAAGAAGUCACUUAUGCUUACAAAGCUGCAUUUGGUCAAAAAUACAGUAAAACAAUAAUAUUGUGUAAAAUUAUUACAAUUUAAAAGAACUGCUCUCUGUUUUAUUAUAUAACAAAAUAUCAUUUAUUUAGUGAGAAGCCUUUACUCUGGUUUUCAGUGACACAUGAUCCUGAUUUGGUGCUUUAGAAACAUUUAUUAUCAUUAUUAAUAGUGAAAACAGUUGUGUUGCUCAUUACUUUUGUAAAAACUUUUAUUUAGCAUUUAUUUGAAAUAGAUUUUGUGUAAAAGUCUUUACUGCCAUUUUGAUCAAUUUAAUGCAUCCUUGCUUAAUGAAAGUGUUAUUUUAUGUCAAAACAAUCUUACUGACCCCACACUUUUGAGCAUUAGUGUACCUCUAUCAUAGGAGUCACUGUGUCUCCACACAUGAAGGAUAUAUGAAUGAAAUGACUUUUACUGUACUUGUCGCUUCUACCGUGUUGUUGAUAUCCUCAAUAAUUCAUUUCUCAUGGUCCUUAAGGGUUAUUUUCACCUCAGUAUGGCUGUUAGUAUGUUUUAUAAAGUCAAUAUUGUUAGUUUAUCUUGUUUAGCAUUAAGGUAACAGCAUUACUCGUCGCCUUAAUAGGUGCAAGCUACUCAAACCUAAGGCCACACAUUUCCAGUGCAACAAAUAAACUCAAUAACUAUCCUACAGACCGUCAACAAAGUGGUCCUAGCCACGAAUUCGAUUAUGCAUGAUACUGCUGCUAGAAACCUACUCUACCUAAAGAAGAAACCUUUUUUUACAGUGAUAGCAUUUCAACUUCAGGGUUCAACUUCUUCAAUGCAUUGUACAGUAGACACUCUAUAAUAUACAAUUUCACUGCAUACAAUUUAGCAAUGGGGAGAGAGGGCCGUGGGGGCUUGAACAGGGGGCCGUUUUCACUCCAUGUCCUCUGUAGAGCCCCUGAAACUUGUGCAUCCAGCAGAUAAGCCCAAUCCGACACACCCUUCACCCAUACAGCUCACUCCACCGUGAGGUCACACACUCCGACCGGGGUCUCCCACACUGCCAUGAACAACAGACUGUGCUGUAAUAUUAAUCGCUGAUCCAAAUUAAUAUAUUAUGGUGCUGCCAGUCCAUCAGAGGCACAUGUUAGCAUAUCUAGCUUGUUGUUUAGCAGAAUACUUGUGUAAAAGGUACUUUAGUGUGGCAAUUUAUUGUGGAGUAACACAUUUAAAUAUCACUUACAUAUAAAUUAACAGUUCAGGGCUGGGUACUGUGUUAAACAUUUAUAUAUUUAAUGGGUAGAUGUUGUUUCUGAAAACGGAUUGUUUAUCCUUCAGCCUGUGACACUUAGUCAGGUUUUUUUCUUUGUCUUUUUUCUUUUUUUAUUAAUUUGUAAGCAUAUGCUAGAGUAAUGACAUAAAUGUUCUAAAAGUGACCAUACAUUUUUUAUUUUCACUUUUUUUUAACACUGCUAAAAGUAUAUGAAAGCAAAAUAUGAAGUUGGCAAAUUUCUUAACUCUAAGUAUUGUAGGUGUGUCUGCCUCAAGUUAUUCGGUAUUGCCUGUGUUAUGCUUGUGACAUUGGACGAAACUGAUUGUGAAGUAUGUUCUGUAUAUAUAAAGUAUAUUUGAACUUUUCCAAAAGUAAUAGAUUAACACAAGCAUGACGGUUCAUCUAUAGUCUAUUAUUAGGAGCAACAUGCAAGAUUAGUAAUUCUUCAUGUGCCUUUCUAAGAAAACUUCUUAUCAAAAGUGACCAGGUUAAUUUCAGACCUAUGAAAAAGUGCCUUUGCUGUUUUAUAACAUUUCAUUUUUCAUACCAUGGACAAUACUGCUCUUUUCAUUAUUUCAGUAGAAGUACUAUUUCAGUGAUAUGGUGUUGUUCAAUCUGUGCUAAUGCUGUAUAUAUUUCAAUAAACUCAUGCAAAGUG